UACAAAAAAAAAAUGUAAAGGAGAAACUGAUCAAGCUCGUUUACAAAACCAUCAACAUUCUACAAAGCAAAGAAUAUGUACAGAUCUGCGAGUUGGAACCGUGCCACGGAAGACUACUCGUCCGCACCGCCCAAAGGAUUGUGGAUGGGCUCCAUGAUCGGUCCCCUUGACGAAGACGAGCCACCUUCCUACAAUAAUCCACCAGCGGAUGAAAUGGUUAAGAAGGAGAAGUCACCUGCCAAGUUCGCUGAAAAGGCUAUUCACAUCAUUCCUUUUGUUCUUCUUGCAUGUGCUCUCGUCCUUUGGCUCUUCUCAAAUCCAGAUGUGGUGGAUGUUGGGAUGAGAGAGGAAUCUAUUGCGGCUAGGAUUGAAGGACUGACGAUAGAAGGAGACAUCGACAAUGAUAGUGAUGGAACUCAGACUGGUUUCUUGGGCGCAACCUUAGAGCUCAGUGGUGAUUCAGACAAAACACAUUAUGCUGAUCGGAACAGACGAGCUUCAAGGAAACUGAUUAAAGGCUUCUACUAGUUAAUAAUAAAUCAACCACCAAUCCAUU